AUGCGGACUUCAGCUCUUCUCUUGCCAGUUGUGGCGGUGGUAUGCCACGGAGCAGCUUUGCCAGUCAAUGUUCGAGAGCCCCAACAAUUGGGCCAUGUGUCGAGGACCGUCCUUAUCGGCCGACAAGACUUGGGACCAGUAACUCGUUCGUUCAUAACACCGGACGUCAGCACCCGAUCCGGGGACGGCCUUGUCCCUGUCGUUACCAGAACAUAUGGAGAGCCAGCGCCUGUCUUGACAGCUCCAGUUGAAAAGAGAGAGCCUCAAGUGCUUGGAUCACCAUCUCGGACGGUUAUCUUACCCACGCCACCCAUUUUCACUCUCCACCCACACCCACCGCCACCUCACCAUACGGUUGCCCCGAAUCCACCAACAAGCCGGGUAACCUAUGUGGAUCCAGUUAUUACGAGAACAGCGCCUGUCUUGGAAGUUCCCGUUGACAAGAGAGAGCCUCAGGAGCUUGGAUCGCCGACUCGAACAGUUAUCUUACCCACGCCCCCUGUCUACACCCAUCACCCACAUCCUCACUCAUGCCCGACGCAUAUUACCUCAGCCCCCAUCGGUAGAUCUACAAGCUACGGCGGUGCAGGCACCACUCGAACAGCUCCCGUUCUCACUGUCCCCGUCCACGCUGCCCGUAAUCCACAAGAACUCGGAUUGCCCAGUGGACCGUUUGUUUGGCCAACCAACAUUCCAAGACCGACCGAGUGGCCUACGAUUGUAAUUCCAAUUGUGACGAGAUCAGCAUCGCAGGAUGAUUAA